CCUAACACCUGCUUUCAUUGUAUUUCCUUCAUAACCCAUCCUUUCUCGACGAGGACCAGUCUCAAUCAUUCUCUGAUAAAUCUCCUUAUCCCCAGACAUUGCAUUUCAGCUCUACUGUACCCCGCCUUAGGUGUCUGAACGCUGAGCCAUUCGCCUUAUAUUCCACCAUGCCUCUCGUCGCUCAGAACCCCCUACCAAGGGUCAUCCUUGGGUUGAUGACAUUUGGUCCGGACGAGUCUGCAGGGGCUCGGAUCACCUCAGUCGAUGAAUUCAACAAGUGCCUGGACCUUUUCCAACAGCAAGGCUUCAAUGAGGUUGACACUGCGCGCACAUAUGUAGGAGGACAACAGGAAGCUUUCACUGCUCAGACGAAGUGGAAGGAGCGUGGGUUGACCUUGGCCACCAAGUGGUACCCCGGGCAGCCGGGCUACCACAAGCCACAUGUCAUUCGUGAGAAACUCGAGCUCUCACUGCAGAACCUGGGCACAGACUGCGUUGACAUCUUCUACCUUCAUGCUGCCGACCGCUCGGUCCCCUUCACGGAAACCCUGGAGGCUGUCAAUCAAUUGCACAAGGAGGGAAAGUUCGUCGAGCUCGGUCUGAGUAACUUCACUGCCUUCGAGGUCGCGGAGAUCGUCACAGUCUGCAACGAGAGAGGCUGGGUACGACCGACCAUCUACCAGGCCAUGUACAAUGCUAUCACUCGCUCCAUUGAAACCGAAUUGGUUCAUGCUUGCAAGCGGUAUGGCAUCGACAUUGUGGUGUACAACCCGCUUGCUGGUGGAAUCCUGUCUGGAAAGUACAAGACCCAGGAUAUUCCCGAAGACGGCAGAUACAGCGAUAAGUCUUCCACUGGCACGUUGUAUCGCAAACGCUACUUCAAGGACGCGACCUUUGACGCCCUGCGGAUCAUCGAGCCUGUUGCAGAGAAGCACGGUCUGACAUUGCCGGAAAUUGCGUUCCGCUGGAUCCGUCAUCACUCUCUUCUAAACAUCAAGGAGGGUGGUCGAGACGGCAUUAUCGUCGGUGUGAGCAGCAUCGCACAGCUAGAGAGCAAUCUCAGAGACAUCCAGAAGGGCCCGUUGCCCGAGGAAGUGGUGGAGGCCCUGGACAAGGCAUGGCUGAUUGCGAAGCCCACGGCGCCGGACUAUUGGCACCUUGAUCUGAAGUACACAUAUGAUACGAAGGAGGCAUUGUUCAAGCCGAAGGCCGACGCCUAAGUGUGGUGCGAGUGACAGUAAGUUAACGGAACAAGACAAAUAUGAAAUCAAUGAGUCUCGAUAUAUGAAAUCACUCCAUCCAAUCGCAAGCUGGUUGUCACACACUUUCCUACAUAUCUGAAACAAAAGAUAAAUUGAGGCCGGGGACAUUGUGAGCACGAAAACCUUUGAUAAGGAACCCAAAUUGCCAAGCUACGUGGCUCGAUUUACAACUCACAUGUGAUACGGACGUAACAAGAAAACGCGCAACCUCACAUGAGGUUGGAAAAGGGAAAAGGAGGGUGGCCGAAUUGGCAGCGAUACCAUGGUACUAUGGUAAGUAGUAAAUUGGCAGUAAAAGUGGCGGAAGGCAUGCAGCACGCAGUCAAAUCGGAAUGCAUUAUUGUAAGCCGGCAAAGUAGGCCAUCACGAGUCGAUCGAGCAUCAAGAGACGGGAUGCAAUU